UGAACAGGGGCGAAAAAGUAUCAAUAACAAAAACAAUUAUCAAAUGAAAAUCGACAAGGCAUGUUAAUUGCAAUGAUUUGACUGUAAUGGCAAACAGCUCCAGCUCCGAUGAAAGCUCCAAAGCACCAGACAACUUUCAAUUAUCAAGCGCAUCCACAAACGACGACGACGACAACGAUGCUGAAAUCUGCUCUGACGGCAUCAAUUUUAAUACAAAGAAACAACUCAAUUGCGAUGUGCGCGUAAAGCUAACAGCUGCUGCUGCUGCAACGGCAACUACUGCUGGAGGCGAUGCCUGCAACGGACUGCGCUGUCCGCUUUGCUGCAAGCAGCAACGGCGACUGCAUUGUCGCACUUGUGUUAAAAAUGGCAACAUUACUCACAGUGCGACGGAAACAAGCGAAAGUCUUACGGAGAAGCAGCAAAAGUACAUUAAUCUACAGGCCGGCUUGAAGACGUACAGCAAUCGCUAUGAACAUCUCAUACAGCAGCACAAAUCCAAUGAGAAUCGCAUGAUUGCGAUACGUGCAAAACGGGAGCAGCUGCAGCUCCUCCAACAGCUGAUCGGUAGCACAAGGCAGCGACUGCAAUUGCUCAGUGAGCAGCGGGAUGAGCUGCGCCAGGCAAAUGUGAAAAAGAGCGAAAAUCUGCCCAAGUAUCCCACCAAGGUGAAGAUGCUCGAGGAUUAUGUGAUCGAUCGUUCGAUGCGCAUCGAUAAGCUGCGCCAGGAGCAUCAGACCCUCCUGGACAGCAUCAAGCAGACGGCACGCAGAGAUAUACAACAGCUGGUCACGUAUAUAUUCCCCAUAUCGGAGGUGGUGCUACGCGACGAGCAGCAACGCAAGGUGUGCGCAGAGCGCAGUGAGGAUGCUGAAACAAUUGCAGCUCUAGCGGAUGCAAAAAACACAUCGUAUAUACGCGGCAAAUGGGUGUUCCAUGGCAGUGGCAUCAGUGAGGUGCAGUAUCGCAUUGUGGGUCCCUCGCUGCCCGCCAACGGCGACUACUCCGCGUAUCUGGACUGGCUGUCCGAUAACAAGGACGAUGUGCCCAAGGCGACGGCCAAUGAGAUAACGCCCAGUCGUUUGGAGGCGUAUCGCAUUGUGGGCGCCCUCACGUACACGGCACAGCUGACGCAGUUGCUCAGCUUCUAUUUAAAUGUGCGGCUGCCGCAUAAGUUGGCCUACGGCGAUUUCUGUCGCAAGCUGCUCAACGAGGAGCAGUUCCAGCGCAAGGUGUGCCGCGUCAACAACAACAUCAUGUAUCUGGCCUACACGCAACAGGUGAAACUGCGCUCCCUCAACGAGCAGCACACGCUGGAGAACAUCCUGACCAUUCUCGACUUGGAUCGCAGCGAUCUGGGCAGAUUCGGGCAUUUGGAUGUGACGAAUGCACCGCUCGCCAAGUCGGUGGACUCGCUUCUCAUUGGCAUUGAGACAGCAACGGAAUCGGAAUCUGAAGAUGAGGGCUCAUUGAGGCUCGAUUGGGAGGCGGUGCCCAGCGUGAGUGUGUCGCAGCCGGAGUUGACCGAGUCCAUAUCGAUACCAGCGGUGGCCCAACAAUCGACCAUUGCAAUGGCAGCUAAUCGGAUCACAUCCAUGCUGCGCUGGAUCAAGUGAAAACCAAUUUACCUGUCUAUGUGUGUUAAAUUCUACAAAUUAGGUUAGGCGAGGAUGAGGAGGAGGAAACGAUGAUGGAUGAUUGAGCGAUGAUUUGACACCCAUAUAGGUGUGUUAUUUACGGCUUCUAUAUUGAUGUGUAUAGAGAUUGUGUGGAGUGUGAAGACUAUGCGUUUUUGUUUAUAAUAUAACUUAUUUUUUCUUUUUAUUUAAUAAAUUUUAUUCACUAUAAAUA